CCAACACAAUACUGGCGGCCUUGCCGAAGCACACGCUCAUUACGAAGGAAGCUGUUAGCUGGUACGGAUCGCUUUACUUUGUCUCCGUUCGUGCACUUCAUAGUGCAACUCCUUCCCGGAACCUGGCGAGCAACGAAGAGGAGCACCGUCAGUCUUCUGCCCUGUCCGAGCAUUUGGUGCACCAUUUUUUGCACACUUUCGAAACGAGCAUGGAUCCGGUAAUUGAAGACUUGGAUGCCCAUCUGCCCGAUCAGCAUCCAGCGUCGGGCAUGUUUUCGUUUCCGAGCGACGCGCUUGCCAGCAUGACGACGGCGGCGGCAAGCGCACCCUACCGGCAGACGGCGAAAGCACCGCACGAUGCGGGCGGCGCACCAAUGCGGCGAGGUCGCUCCCGGGGCGGCCGCUCGCAGUCGCGCGGCCGUCGCAUGGCAAUGAAGCCAGCCCAGGAGCAGCAUCAGCAGCACGAACAGCCGUCGAGCCCGUCGCCUGCGCGCCGUGGACGCAGGAGCCGCUCCCGGUCGACCGCGGCGCCGCACAAGCCCUCCCGCAGCCAGUCGAGGCGCCGGAGCCGCAGCCGGGCCCGCUCUCGGUCCCGGUCCCGCACCGCUCGCAAACGAUCGCAGAGCGGUGGCCGACGUACCAGCCGCUCCCGCCGUCGCUAGGUGUCGCUGGAUGGAAGAAUUCGCAACAACGACAACAACGGUGUUUCGGUACGCUCUUCAUUUCGGUCGUCUCGUUUGUGUGUGAGUGCUUGGAUCAGGGAGGUUUUUUUUUACGUUUUUGGUUGUUGCUAGCAUCCACAACAAGCUUCGAAGGUGGGCUAAAUUGAAACCACUGUGCUUUACGCGCUCCAAACUUUAUCGGUAAA